UGGAUCAAAGAAAAAGGGCAAAACCGUCGUUUCACAGAGAAUUGAGAAAGAAGUUCAAGGGGGGUUGUGAAGAAAGAGAGAAGUAAAGCGUAAUCUUCUUCUUCCUCUUCGAAUUCUUCAUUUCUUCGCGAGAAUUUUUUUUUUAAAAAAAGCAUCAGCCUUUAGAUUCUGCUAAAAAAACAAUAUGGAGAGAACCACUCCAGUGAGAAAGCCACACACCUCCACCGCAGAUCUACUCACUUGGUCGGAAGUUCCAUCGUCGGAUUCUCCUUCCUCCGCCGCUCGCUCCGCCGUUCGAUCUCACCAGCCAUCUGAUGGGGUUAGCAAAGUUGUAUUUGGAGGUCAAGUCACUGAUGAAGAAGUUGAGAGCUUGAACAGAAGGAAGCCUUGCUCAGAACAUAAGAUGAAGGAGAUAACUGGGAGUGGGAUCUUUGCUCGUAACCAAGAAGAUGAUGCUUCAGAGCUCUCUAGUGCUCCAAGUGGAAGGGUAUAUCAGCAAGCACUUAGUGGUAUAAGCCAUAUAUCAUUUGGUGAAGAGGAGGACUUGUCUCCUAAAAAGCCUAUUACUUUACCUGAGGUUGCUAAACAGCGAGAGCUAAGUGGGACAAUGGAGAGCGAAUCGGCUUCUAAUCUGAAGAAGCAGCUCUCUGAUGCUAAGUACAAAGAGAUCAGCGGACAGAACAUCUUCGCACCACCACCUGAGAUCAAACCUCGGUCCGGAGCCACUCGAGCUUUGGCUCUUAAGGACAACUUCAACCUCGGAGCUGAAUCUCAAACCUCUGGUGAAGAAGACUCAUCUGUGAAGACGGCGAAGAAGAUUUAUGACAAGAAGUUUGCAGAGCUCUCAGGGAAUGAUAUAUUCAAGGGAGAUGGUACGUCAUCUUGUGGCGAAAAGCAGCUGAGUGAAGCCAAGCUAAAGGAGAUAGGAGGGAACAACAUAUUUGCAGAUGGGAAGGUAGAGUCCAGAGACUAUCUAGGCGGUGUGCGUAAACCACCAGGUGGUGAGACAAGCAUUGCUCUCGUUUAGAAUCCUCUUAACUCUUUUUUAAAACCGCGAUUUAUCGGUGUGUGUUCUUGUUGGUAUCUCUCAUACGCUUUCAGGUCAAAAGUGUGAUUUGUAUUAUGCAGUUUCGUUGGUUUAUUUUGGUUAUGGUGAUAUAAUAACUAUUAUUCAGUUGUGUU